CACCAAUUCUCCCUUCCACCAAGUACACACACCAAAGAGAUAAGCCCACCACAAACCGAACUCCACGUCUCCUCCCUCCCCACCAUCCAAACCCUCCCCCUCUCCCUCCUAUUUACCCUCCAUCUCUCCCCCUCACCACCACCACCAACAAUGGAAUCCUCCCUCACCCUCAUCAACCACCACCCCUUCAUCUCCUCCAUCCGCUCCAUCUGCCGCCCAAAACCCUGCUCACUCUUCGGCCUCAAGCCCAGUGAAAGCAGGGGUGGCAGAGUGUCAGCCAUGGCUACCUACAAGGUGACGCUUGUUACCCCGAACAGAGUUGUGGAGCUGAACUGUCCAGACGACGAGUACAUUCUGGAUAGAGCAGAGGAGGAAGGAAUAGAUCUGCCAUACUCCUGCAGGGCUGGUGCAUGCUCCUCGUGUGCAGGGAAGGUGGUGAAGGGUAACGUUGAUCAGUCGGAUCAAAGUUUUCUGGAUGAUGAUCAGGUUAGUGAGGGAUGGGUGCUGACUUGUCUGGCUUUGCCCAAGUCUGAUGUUACUAUAAAGACUCAUCAGGAGGAGGAGCUGGUUAUGUGAUAUGUGGGAGGGGAGGAGGAGGAGGAGGUGUUUGGUUGUAUGGGGGGGUUAUGUAUGUGGUGUGAUUUUUACCUAUGUUUCAUGUAUUGAACAUCUUUUGUUUUUUUGGAUGGCUAAUAUAUAAUUUACUUAGUUUUUGUUUUAA